AUGUUUUUGUUGAAGACUGGUGUGUCACAUCACAAUUUUCAUACCCUUACCAGACUUCCAGCUCAAUUGCCGUCUAAGAACUUCGUCCUCGAUAAAUUCCAUUUCUCUAAGGAAACUAAGAGUAUCAAGCAGCUCUAUGAGACUCAAAAUACUGGGUCUCGUGUUACAUGCACUGUAAACGGAUGGAUAGACACGAAACCGAAACGAAUAGGUAAAAAUCUUACUUUUAGUCAGUUAAGAGAUGUUAAGGGAGAUACAGUACAACUGGUAGAUUCCGGUUCCCAAUUGAAAGCAUUGAAUAGGGAAGAUGUGAUACAGGUAAACGGUACCUUGAUGAAAAAGAAAGAGAAGUCUGUAUCCUCGGCUGAAAAUAUAUUUGAGUAUGAGAUACAAGUGGAAAAAAUAUCUGUCCUGAACUCAUCGAAUGAGAAGCCAUCCCAAUUGCAUGAAUUUAAGAAAGAUGGUAAUUAUCCACCCGAGUAUAGGUUUCUUCAAUUGAGACAUCACAAAUAUCAGGAAUUCUUAAGGAAAAGGUAUCAAAUAUCUUGUAAGCUAAGGCAGUUAUUAAAUGAAGAAGAGUUCCUUGAGAUUGAAACCCCAAUUUUGUUCAAACCUACGCCUGAAGGUGCAAGAGAAUUUCUAGUGCCAACAAGGACCAAGGAAAAUUCAACGCCGUCAUUUUAUUCUUUAACACAAAGUCCACAACAAUAUAAGCAAUUGUUAAUGGCUAGUGGUGUUUUCAAAUAUUUCCAAGUAGCCAGAUGUUUUAGAGAUGAAGAUUUAAGAGCAGAUCGACAGCCAGAAUUUACUCAAAUUGAUAUGGAGAUGUCCUUUUCUAAUGGUGAAGAUGUGAUGGCCCUUUUGGAGCGACUUGUUCCUACUACUUGGGACCAAUUUAGCGUCAAUAGUAGUCUUCUAACUUUAAAUUCUUUUGGAAAGCUUAUAUCAAUAGCUGAUAAUGGAGGCAAAAUUAAUAGAAUGCCUUAUAGGACAGCAAUGAGUGUUUAUGGAAUUGAUAAACCGGAUUUAAGAGCACCAAAUUUGAAGAUUUUAGAUUUAUCAGAGUUUAACGCAAAGGGACGUCUUGAUAAGGGGUUUCCCGUUUUUGAAGUUUUGAUUUUAAAGAACGCCUUUAAAGAUAUUGAUGAUUUUAAAAAGAAUUGGAGUUUCUUGGGCGAUUCAAACAAUUACACAUUUAGAGCACCAGUUAUACAACCAAUAAACGAUGAAGAUUUAAAACAGAAUUGGUUUGAGAAAUUUCUUGGAAUUGCUACAUUUGAAAAUCCUAAAAUGAUCUCGAACUAUCUAAAGUUGCAAGUUGGUGAUAUUGUUUGUGGUAGUACUAGGGAACCUUCGACUGCGAUUUACGAAAAUCCAACGCCUUUGGGAACGUUACGAAAAUUGGUAUUACAAUCCUCUCUGGGAAAAGAAUUAUAUAUGGAAACUAAACAUGAUGUGGCUAGUUGGGUGGUUGAUUUCCCACUCUUUUCUCCAGUCACUGCUCCUGUGAAACCAGAAAUGCAAUAUCCAGUUUAUGAACAUGACAAAUUGGUGUCCACACAUCAUCCCUUUACUAUGGUUCAACUUCAAGAUUAUGAAAAACUGAACUCCAAUCCCUCCCAGUGUCGUGGUCAACAUUAUGAUUUGGUUAUCAAUGGUGUUGAACUAGGGGGUGGCUCUACAAGAGUUCAUGAUCCAAUUCUUCAAGAUUACAUAUUUGAAAAUAUCUUAAAGAUUGAGAAUGCAGAAGAAUUGUUCGGACAUUUAUUAAGAGCAUUUGAAAUGGGUACACCACCCCAUGCUGGUUUUGCAAUUGGUUUCGAUAGAAUGUGUGCAAUGCUGUCUGGCACAGAAAGUAUCCGUGAUGUUAUAGCCUUUCCAAAGAGUAUAACUGGGUCAGAUUUGGUGGUGAAAAGUCCUAGUAAAGUGAACGAGGAGUUGUUGAAACCAUAUAACAUAUCGUAUCUGAAAAGAUAA